GCUAAAUUUUUUGUUAACCGUUGUGCGUGCAGCUAGCGGUGAGUGCGGGGAGCUACAGAGCUAGAAGAAGGCUAGAAGAAAGUGAAUCUAAGCGGGAGUGUGGAUCAAUGGAUUCGGAGCCGUCUAGUCCGUCACCUCCCGACGUGGUAGCCGAGGACGAGGGGCAUCUAGAGAGGACGGACGCGGGAAAGACGCUUGACUGCGUCGGCGACGAUGUCGUGCAGCGGUUUACGGCCGCCCAAGUUGAAAUCCAACAGCUGAAAGACAAGAUCAGUUUCCAGAGCAGAGAAAACUUCAGAAAGGAAAAGGACCUUCGCUACCUGGACUCCAAAAUAGCCCUCCUCAUUGGACACAAGAUAUCUGCCGCCGAAGUUGAACUGAGAGUUUUUGAUGACCACGCAGCAACUACCACAGGGUCUCACGAUUUGCCAAGUACAGAAGUGGAAUUGUAUGGCUACCUGUUCUUCAGUCUUCAGACCUCGCCACACUACAUCGCCUCCCUUACCAGACAAGUCACCCUCAAGGAAAUCGAUGGGCUACUCCAGAUAGUAAUGUUCACACUCUAUGGAAACCAAUAUGAGAACAGAGAAGAGCUUCUUCUACUCUCUAUGUUUGAGCACUCCCUGACAUAUGAAGUGCAGGAGGCGACGGAAGCCAACAGUCUCAUGAGAGCCAACACUGCCAUCACCAGAAUGAUGACCACCUACUGCAGACGUGGACCGGGACAAGAAUAUGUGAAGUCUGCUCUCGGAGAGGUGGUCCAGAACAUACUCAGCUACGACAAAUCUCUGGAAAUAGACCCUCUGAAGAUAUUCCACGAGAUGAUGGAAAGGAAUCAAGUGAGGCGGCCGUCCGAACCAAAAGCAAUCUUGGAAGCGGCUCAAAACCAUCCGACAGUUCACGAGUACAUCCAAUCCCGCGUCCCCAUUCUCCAAGAGUUCAUUCUCCAGAUCCUGCAGAGACUGCGGGACACACUUCGGAUGUCCCGUACGGCAUCCGGUGGCUGUGCAAGGCCAUUCGGGCGCUGGUCCAGGAGAAGUUUCCUGACGUGUCUCCAGAGAGGAUAAACUCUCUCAUUGGAGGAUUCUUUCUCCUUCGCUACAUAAAUCCUAUCAUUGUUGCCCCUCACAAUUACCGACUUGUUUCAACACCUCCGUCGCGGAUCUCCAGAAGAAACCUGACACUGAUUGCAAAACUGAUUCAGAAGCUAGCCAACACGUCGAGCGUCCGUGAAGACUACAUGAUGCCUCUGGAGCCCUUUGUAAAGUUACACAACGAGGCACUAAAGUCCUUCCUCAAUGAUCUAUGUGAUGUCAAUGAAUUCCAUGAGGCUCUGCAGUUGGAGGAGUACAUUGCUCUGUGUCGGAAGGAGAUACGCAUCGACAUCAGCGUCAACGAAAUUGCACUUGUUCACACACUACUCCUAAAGUACAGAGAAAACAUUGUUAGAACAGAGGGAGACGAGGUUGUGACGUAUCUCAGAGAUCUCCCCGAACCAACGGAAGAGAUGAGCUCAAACCAAACCCACGUGAAGAUGGCACUCUUGCAACACUCGCGAGAGAACCUGGGUAUGCCUGCACAGUCUCCUCGCGGCGUGUCCCUGGACGUGUAUGACGAGCUAGCCACUACCAAAAGACAGUGCAGACACCUUCUAAAGAGACUCUUUAGAGUAACUCCCCACUGUCUGGAUCGUCCCAGUCUCCAAGAGGCCCUGAAACAAGCAGAGGAAGUGCCACUGCGAGACGUUCCGGCAGACGCAAGACUUGCCAGCGAGCACGUGGCCACACUGCAGAGUUUGGGAGGACCUUCAAUGGUCGUAGAGCUCUAUGCUGAGCUCAGAACGACAUUCCAAGACCGGGAGCGGCUCCUUCAAGAAGCAGAAUUUCAGCUGAGAAGCCUGCGUGGAGUUUACGAGACAAUGAUUGAACAUACAGACACUCUAAUGGAGCAGCUAGACGCAUACAGAGAGUAUCUCGAUGCAGUGAGAGCUAAAGUUGGCCAGUCGCAUACGAACAGCAUGUACCUGUUCAGAAAGCCACGUGGAUCUCACAGGUUCACGCACACGCAACUGGAGAAGGACGGAGUUAUCAUUGAGACCAGAGGAAUACCGCAGUCAAAGAGAGGCUCCAUAAACUACACUCUGCAGUGCACCGGCCCUGGUGUGUUCACAAUAGCCAUAUCAUACAAAGGUACGUUCGUCCGUCGACCCACACCUUUCCCAUAUUGGCCCAUACAUCUGUGCUACAUAUGGAAGGUGGGCACUUUAUCCCUUUUCUCCACUUUUAGAACUACGUGCAUUAACAUACACGCAUAUCAUGAGUGCCUCAUGCUACGUGAUUUACAGCCUUAAUUUGUGUACGUAAACGUAUGGUUGCCGACAGCUGUCGGCUUGGAAACCUGGGAUGCAAGAACUGCGUGAUUACCUCCACAAAGGAGGCUGGUUUUGUGUUUGAACACCAGAAAUCAUGCCUUUUCGGGUGCAAACCAGCCCCGACAACACAAUUGCUAAAACAAGGAAGCCGUCCUCGAGUUUGUGUGUGCGUUUGUGGAAGGGAAUUGGUGUUGUGAUGUAUCAAUGGCUUUUUUGCACCGAGUGUGAGGCUGCAUAUUUCUGAAAUUAGCGCUGAAAAGCCACUAACUGGCGAUGAAAAGUUACGAAUUAGUCUCGCAUUCAACUUAGCUCUAUCACCUCUCUCAGAACUGGGAUGAUUACACGGUCAAGCCGCACAAAGAUAAAUUUUUAAGUUUACACUUGUUUGUUCGGGCC